AGAGCUUGUGAUCAAUGUCGUCGGCGCAAAAUCAAAUGCAUCGCAACAGACGGCCUCAACAAACUUGGUUGUCAGAACUGCACGAAUGCAAGCCUCCCUUGUACUUACGAGACCGUGCCGCUCAAGAAAGGGCCUAAAGGAAGUAAAGCAUCCGUGCUGCACGAGCUGAAGCAACCUCGCAGAAGUCCUCUGUCGCAGGAUGCCCUCAGAGAUACGUUGGCAAUCUUCUUCUCUAAGCUGUAUUAUGUGCUACCUAUCAUUGACAAGUCUGAGCUAUCAAGAAUUGUCGAUUUGGAGCAAGUCACCCUAGAACGCUAUUGUCUGAUCCUCUCAAUGUGUUCCAUGGUGUACACACAAGUCUUAGACCGAUCUGCCGACGAACUGAUUAGAGUCACUUUGCGCACACGACAGGCCAUUGACUACGUCGAAACGCCGACGCUGGACAGUGUCCACAUCUCCUUCUUCUUGUUUGCAACAUUUUUUGGACGAAAUAUACAUAAUACGGCCUGGUUCUACCUGCGUGAAGCAAUCACCUUUGCACAACUCAUCGGCUUGGACAACGAGGAAUCAUACAAGAAUAUUGCGUCUUGCACGACUGCGGGUUACAGAAGACGAACUUUCUGGGUCUUGUACGUCACGGAGCGAGCAUACGCAAUACAACGUCACCACAGCUUGUCGAUGCAGCCAACCAUAGAUCUUCCAUCAUUGGCAAAUCAUGAUACGCAACAGGAUGACGACCUCACCGGGUUCCGCCACAUGGUCGAGUUGUGGAGCAAAAUCGAUAUCGACUUUCUGACACUGUGGAACGAUACUCGACGCCAAGUCUCAGCAGAUUAUAUGGUCAACUUGCACAGCAAGCUCCAAGAUGCGCUACCAUAUACGUUGGACAUCCCAGAAGUACAAAGAGUCGACAUUCUCAUCUCGCAGCAAUGGCUGCGUGUCAUCAUCUGGCAGCUGAGUACAUCAAGAAUGCUCCUAUCAUCAACCGCAAGCGAGACCAGCUUGCAAUUUACAUUUCCUGUUCUGGUCUGCCGGGAUUUACUGCAAAUCACAUCCAGUACGACGCACGAUGUUCUGAGAGUUCACGGGUUAGGACUUGUGGAGAAGCUAUUCGAGAUUGCAUCUACGCUUGUCGAUGUUAUUGUAUGUGAUUUACAGUUGACAGUCCAUGCUCAAACGCCAGAGGCGCCCAGGUAUCUUGCCGAGGUGCUCAAGUUGAUGCGCCUACUGAGACCCGGUAGAAACCCGUGGACAGCCAUUCUCGAGGACAAAAUCAAGCAGUCCUUGCCU